AUGUGCCGGGGGGUUCCGGCCCCCCGCCCGCCGGGGCCGCUUCCUCUUUCUGCGCUAUUUAAGCGGCUCCCGGCGCGUCCCGCCCGGCCGGGCCAUGGAGCGCAUGGAGGUGACCGAGACCUUCGCGGGCAUCGCCCUGCCCGGCCACCUCCACACCCAGGAGUCCCUCGGCUUCGCCGCCGCCUUCACCUUCCGCCCCAGCGACGUGCUGAUCGCCACCUACCCCAAAUCGGGCACCACCUGGAUGCAGGAGAUCCUGACGCUGCUCUUCAGCCUCGGCGACGCCCGGCCGGCCAAGACCAUUCCCAACUGGGAGAGGGCGCCGUGGCUGGAGCAGAUCUACUGCCGGGAGGCUCUGCGGGACACGGGCGGCCCGCGGCUCCUCACCACGCACCUGCCCGCGCCCGUGCUGGCCCCGGCCCUGCAGCGCAGCAAGGCCAAGGUGAUCUACGUGGCCAGGAACCCCAAAGAUGUCGCCGUCUCCUUCUACCACUUCCACCACCUGGCCAAGUUCCUGCCCGACCCCAGCUCCUUCGACGCCUUCCUGAAGCAGUUCCUCGAGGGCACAGUGCACUACGGCUCCUGGUUUGAGCACGUCAAGGGCUGGCUGGGCCAGCGGCACCGCCUGGACAUCCUCUAUGUCACCUACGAGGAGCUGCACCAGGACCUGCGGGGCACCGCGCAGCGCCUCAGCACCUUCCUGGGGUGCCCGCUGGCACCGGGCACGCUGGCGGCCCUGGAGCAGCACUGCAGCUUCUCGGCCAUGCGGGACAACGCCAUGGCCAACUACACCCUGAUCCCCGCCGAGAUCAUGGACCACAGCCAGGGCCGCUUCAUGCGCAAGGGGGUGGUGGGGGACUGGCGCAGCCACUUCUCCCCCGAGCAGAACGCCCUCUUCAACCGGCGCUACCAGGAGGAGAUGGGGGACACGGAGCUGCCCACACAGUGGCCCAUGGCCUGAGGGAGCCGCCGGGCUUGGGGGGACGCUGAGCCCUCACCUGCUGACAACCACAUGGAGACCCUGCAGGGCCCCUCCAAACCCCCCCUGUGUCACCCCCCCCCGGGGCUGGGGGUCUGGGAGCACCGUCCCUCCUCCUCCCUGGGUUCAGGGAGCUUUUCCGGCCCUGCAUUGUGGCCAUCCCCGUGCUCCCACUCCCCCGGCCCGGGGCUGUGGCCGUGACCCCUCUUUCCGCCCAUCCCGCUCUGCGGAAAUAAAUAUUUAUUGUUGUUCCCUUCA